UCACGCCCCUAGAAUUUCGUGCGUAAAUUGCUCAAACAAUUCGAAUUUAAUUAAAAUUGGGUGAGUACGGUGGUGAUUGUCCCUGGGGCGUGUUUGGCCGCCGUGUCCGGCUGAUUUCGGCCGUUUUGGCCCCCCAUAUGUGACUGUAAUUAGGGUUACGUCACUUGGUUUAAAAGAUGGACGACGUGUCAUUGUGAGUACCAAAUAAAAACAAUUCUGGUACCAAACUAGCGAACAAUGGGCGACGUAUCGACGACAAAGUCCACCCUGGCCCAGAACGAGCCAGCCAUGAAGGGCUGGUUGUUCAAAUGGACCAACUAUCUGAAAGGUUACCAACGGCGAUGGUUCGUCCUCCAAAAUGGACAUCUGUCAUACUACAGGGCCGAGAAUAACGGAGGGGUCCCCACUCUGUCAAUUCGGAGACGUAGAAGGUUCAAGGGGAACCAGGCCGAGAUGGCGCACACCUGCCGCGGGAGCAUCUCCCUGCACGGGGCCCUGAUCUACACCGUGGACGCAUGCACGUUCGUCAUUUCGAACGGGGGCACCCAGACGUUCCACAUCCGGGCGGCGUCCGAGGUGGAGCGCCAGUCGUGGGUCACGGCCCUGGAGCUGGCCAAGGCCAAGGCAAUUCGCAGCAUGGAGUCGGAGGACGACGAGGAGGAGACUGAUGAGGGGUCCGGCAGCCCCGAAGACUGGUCCAGUGUCGUGCGCAAGUUGGAGGCGCAACUCAACGACAUCCAGACGUGCAGCGACCUCAUCCAGAGGCACUGGAAGUCGCUGGUCAAGCCUCUGACUGAGAUGGAGACGAAUCUGGACCCCGAUAGUGUCCAGGCCAAGUCGAAGGAGGUCAGCGAAAGGGCCACUCUCUUCCGGAUCAGCACCAACGCUAUGAUAAACGCCUGUGGCGAGUAUUUGAAAACAGCACAGACACACGGCCACAAGUGGAUCAGGCUUUUGCAACAUGAACGGGAACAAAGACAAAGGUUGCAAGAAAUGGUCGAGACCUUAGCCCAGCAACAUUCGAAGUUGGAGCAGGCGGCUAACGCCCACACGAAUCGGCCCACAGUGAAUCCGAGCGAUGGGGAGGAGGAGGACGAAAAUGAGUUUUACGACGCUGUAGCUGAUAGUACAGCGGGUGUUUCAGACGGGCAUUUUACUUUGAAUAUACCGACGGGGACGGGACAUCGUAGGAACAGUUCCGAUAGUUCGAGUGAACCAGAUGAAACGACUGAAACUAAACAAGUGGUGGUGGUCACUGGCAAAUCGACAAACCAAGCACGCAAAGUCCAACAGAGCGACAGCCACGUCGCCACAAUUUCCACCAGCAAAAGACAGAGGCGGACUCGGGUCCCCGACAAGCCUCACUAUCCACUCAACCUAUGGAGCAUAAUGAAAAAUUGCAUCGGAAAAGACUUAUCGAAAAUUCCGAUGCCUGUCAAUUUCAGCGAACCUCUAUCAAUGCUCCAACGUCUCACCGAAGACUACGAAUACGCCGAAACGCUCGACGUUGCUGCAAAAUGCACCGAUCCGUGCGAACAACUGGCAUACGUUGCCGCCUUCACAAUCUCCGCCUAUUCAACGACCAGUUCGCGAACUGGUAAACCGUUCAACCCCCUCUUGGGGGAGACGUACGAGUGCGAUAGGAGAGACGACUUGGGCUGGAGGGCUUUCAACGAACAAGUAUCGCAUCAUCCGCCGAUGGUGGCGCAGUAUUGCGAAGGCCGCGACUGGAAGUGUUGGCAAGAGUUUACGAUGACGUCGAAGUUUAGGGGGAAGUACCUGCAGGUGAUACCGCUAGGGACGGCACAAGUCGAGUUCGAUAAUGGUAAUAAGUUUUCGUGGAGGAAAGUCACCACUACGAUACAUAACAUCAUCGUGGGCAAAUUAUGGGUGGAUCAGCAUGGUGAUAUGGAGAUUAUCGGGAAAGGGGCUGCGGCCGGGAUCAAGUGUCAUUUAAAAUACAUACCGUAUUCGUAUUUCACAAGAGACACGCAGAGGCGGGUCAAGGGGGUCGUGAUGGAUGUGGGGGGGAACGUCAAGUGGAUUAUCAAUGGCACUUGGGACAACCAAGUUGAGAUAGCCCCCGUGACGGGUAGUACAGGGAGCUCGAGUAAUCCCGUGUACGAGACGGGGCCGUCGGUGGUGGCGUGGAAGCGGCGCAUGCCGCCCCCCGACGCGGAUAAGUACUACGGUUUUACGCUUCUCGCUGCUCAAUUGAACGAACCGGAGGAGGGCGUAGCCCCGACCGAUUCGAGACUGCGCCCCGAUCAACGACUUAUGGAAGAGGGGCGUUGGGACGAGGCAAAUACCGAGAAAGUGCGCCUUGAGGAGAAGCAAAGGGCCGUUAGGAGGCGGCGCGAGGCGGAGGCGGAGAAGGCGGCGGCAGAAGGGAGGCCCUUUGAGCAUUAUAAGCCGAUCUGGUUUGAGCAAGUCACUGAUGAGGAUGGGGUUGUUGUUCAUGUCUAUAAAGGCGAUUAUUGGGAGUGUAAGGAUAUGCAAACGUGGGAUCGGUGUCCUGAUAUAUUCUAGUAAUAAAUGAAGCUUGAUUAAAUAAUUUUUUUAAACCGAGGCUGAGGUUUUUUUCCCGGGUACGGUAUUUUAAGUUUUAUGCUACAAGUCAAUGUUGGAAACAAUCAUAUAUCCUCCUUGUAUAUAUUCGUUGUAUUUUUAGCCAGUUUUAGAAUGUGGAACAAGAAAUUUACUCAGUUUUUUUUUUUUGUAAAAAGUCACUUUCCGCAAUUAUGUGAUACCAGAGAAUGUACAUAACGUUACAUUGUUUUGUGUAGUGGUUUUGAGAGUAUGGAAAAUCAGAUUGUUGUAUAUAUUGUAUCAAUCAAUGCUUUGCCCGAUGUAGAAUUCAAUAAAUUUUCUAAUGCA